AUGACUCCACCAUCUGUUUCUCCUAUACCCUCGCAAGUCUCCUCCGCCGCCACUUCACAGAUUUCUAGCGACCAUGGAGAACGACAGGUAACACAGGCUUUGGCGGGCAUGAAUUUGUCUGCCCUGAAUGGGGAUGCGGCGCUUCCCCAUCCAGUGAAGGCCCCCAAGCAAACCAUGGCAAAUCGCAUUUCUCGCAUGUUCACAGGCACCGGUCGAUCCACCCCAAGGGAGCCAGAAUCGUCGCGCGAAUUAUCAGACAGUAGUUCUGAUGGCGGAAAAUCAAAUGCGAAUGGCAACGGGAAACAGUCCCGGCCGACUUCAAGGCCUCCAUCAAAACCUCCUUCCAGGGCACCCUCGCGACAAACAUCCACAAAAGACGUCCACAAGGCCGAGAAAAGCGAAAAGAGCGACAAAAAGGCUAAACCUGCGGGAAAGGAUCAGAAGGAGGGUUCAACCGCACAGAAGCGCUUCGAGUUGCUUCCAGAUAAUUCCCACUGCCACCACCUGAAGAGCACUCGUCGGCAAGAGAAGCUGACCGAUCUCCUUCGCGAUAUGCUUGGUGGUCGCAAGAAGGACGACCAUGCGGAGGAUCAGCAAUUAUCACUGAUGUCAACGUGGAUCGACCAAUUCAAAAGCGAGCGGGAUAAGCUGGCCGCCGACAAGAAAGGCGGCCCCAACGCCACUGCGUCCCUCGUUGAUAAAUAUGGCAAAUGCCAGGAGAUUGUCGGUCGUGGUGCUUUCGGUAUUGUCAGGAUCUCUCACAAGGUAGACCCGAAGGACUCUAAGAGCGAGCAACUCUACGCCGUCAAAGAAUUCCGCCGCCGUCCGCAAGAAACAAGCAAAAAAUAUCAAAAGCGACUAACCUCUGAGUUCUGCAUCUCCUCGUCCCUGCGCCACCCUAACAUUAUACACACGCUCGACCUCCUGCAGGAUGCCAAGGGCGACUACUGCGAAGUUAUGGAGUACUGCGCAGGCGGUGACCUCUACACUCUUGUGCUGGCUGCAGGAAAGCUAGAGGUCGCCGAGGCCGACUGUCUAUUCAAACAGCUAAUGCGCGGCGUCGAAUAUAUGCAUGAAAUGGGUGUUGCUCAUCGCGACCUGAAGCCAGAGAACCUUCUAUUGACCACUCACGGCGCCCUUAAGAUUACAGAUUUUGGAAACGGCGAAUGUUUCCGUAUGGCAUGGGAAAAAGAAGCCCAUAUGACUGCCGGCCUCUGUGGUUCUGCCCCCUACAUUGCCCCGGAAGAGUAUAUCGAGAAGGAGUUCGAUCCCAGGGCGGUUGACAUUUGGGCUUGCGGUGUUAUUUACAUGGCCAUGAGGACGGGACGCCAUCUGUGGAAAUUGGCUCGCAAGGACGAGGACGAGUUUUACAAACGAUACCUAGAGGGUCGCAAGCAUGAGGAUGGCUAUGCGCCUAUCGAGACAUUGCAUCGGGCUCGUUGUCGCAAUGUCGUCUACUCCAUCCUCGACCCUAAUCCUUCUCGUCGCAUCAACUCGUCUCAGAUCCUGAAAUCCGAGUGGCUCCGCGAGAUCAAGCUGUGUCAAGCAGGUGAGGAAGGCUUCUAA